GCCUGCUCUGGGCUCGCGAUGAGCCUUUUCCUUUUCUGCCCCGAGCAGCUCUCGGGUGCGGAAGCGCCGACGCAGUUUUGCGGACCCGCUGUUCCCAUUUGUAUCUGUGGCCUGAUUGACAGAGUCUGUGAACUCGACUGCUGCUGUGACCCUGACUGCUCCUCUACAGGGAUCAGUGUCUUUUCUUCCUGUCUGCUGGGCAGUGAACUAACAUCCUAAUCUGGGAACAUCUGGCAUCACCAUGGCUGAAGGUUAGAACAAGACAGAAUAUCGAACAACAACAGGAAUAAGAAUGGCCACAGAUCCAAACUCCAGAAUCACUGAGUUCUUGACAAAAUGGGAUGAUUUCCAGCUGUUCCAGUUGACAAAAUUUUACUGGGACAGACUAGAACAGGCGAUUGAAGAAGGGGUGGAUGGAGUCAGCUCAUUGUUAACAUUCGAGCGGAUUUUCAAUGGACAAGAACAUCGGAAAGUCACCGAGCUCACGGAUAAGGGAAACCGGGCGGACAGUUCCAAGCUUCUCCUAAGUCUGGUGAUGGAGAAAGGUUCUCGGGCCCGAAGGGUGAUGUGGGAAUCCUUUGUGAAAGUGCUUCACGGGGUCCCAAAGUUGAAUAAAAUAAUAAAAGAAAUACAGGAACUUGGUUCUGAUCCAUUUGAUUACAUGAACGUUGGAAGAGGCUUAUCUGAAGUACCCAGUCACCUGAAAGGUGUUCAGCAGAAACACAAGGAGAUCCUCCAGGUUCAAACUGAAACAUUGAAAGUGAACACUAUCCUAAUAAAGGAGAAGGUUAAGAUUUUCCAGCUGAAUGAUCGAUACGCUGAACUAACGAUCAUUUCUAAUGUUCGAGAUCGGACACUUGUAGAACAUGAACUGCUGGCAAGAGGCCGAGACCAUGAAGAGUGGAGAGAGAGACAUCUCCGGAUAGAACUGGAAAAAAUCCGAAUUGAUCAAUUGUUCCAGAGCAGUUUUUCCUGGAGAAAAUCCAAAUCUGGGAGUUCAGCAGCAGUGAGUGGAGUCCCAGGGAUCGGAAAAACAACAAUGGUAAAGAAGAUUGUUUAUGAUUGGGCCACUGGGAAAAUAUACCCAGAUUUUCAAUUUGUUUUCAGUUUUAAAUUCCAGGAUUUGAACACCAUUAACUGCAGAAUAAACCUGAGGAAUCUGAUACUGUUUUUCUAUCCUUACUUUGGGAAUGUUCUGGGAGAGCUCUGGAAAAACCCAGAGGGAUUGCUGUUUAUAUUCGAUGGUUUGGAUGAAUUCAAGGACAGGAUUGAUUUUGCUGACAAUCUGAGAAAUACAGAACCUCAGUUCAUGUGCACAGGUCCUGAAUGCUGGUGUGAAGUGUCUGACAUUGUGUACAGUUUAAUACAGCACAAGCUGCUCCCAGGAUGUUCAGUGUUAGUGACCAGUCGCCCCACUGCAUUACAUUUAUUGGAAAAGGCUGAGAUCAGCGUCUGGGCUGAAAUCCUGGGAUUUGUUGGUGAUGAACGGAAGGAAUAUUUCAACAAGUUUUUUGAAGAUCAGGCAGUGGCAGCAGCUGUUUUCAAACACGUGGAGGAGAACGAGAUCCUGUACACCAUGUGCUACAACCCUUCCUACUGCUGGAUCCUCGGUCUGUCACUGGGUCCCUUCUUUAAACAAAGAGACAGGAAACACCAGCAACUUCCCAAGACCAUCACCCAACUAUAUUCCUACUAUAUUUACAACAUUCUGAAAAACCAUAGCCGAGAGAUUGAAAGCCCCCAUGAUGUGUUCCUGAAGCUUGGUGAGAUGGCCUUCACAGGAGUCUCUGAGAAGAAGGUUGUGUUUAGAAAUGGAGAUUUAAUCAAGUACAAUCUGCAACCUUCCCAGUUCCUGUCUGGGUUCCUGAUGGAACUUUUGGAGAGAGAUGAUUCUGUCCAGAGUGUGGUUUACACGUUUCCACACCUCACCAUCCAAGAGUUUGUAGCUGCACUCGCACAAUUCCUGACUCCCAAUCCCAAGGACAUCCAGAAACUCCUCAGUGAAGCGGACAGUGAAAAAGAUGGGAGAUUUGAGAUAUUUCUCCGUUUUGUUGCUGGUCUCUCCUCCCCACAGUCAGCUCGGCCCCUGGAGGAGUUUCUGAGUCCAUUUCUUCAUCAAACAACCUGUCGAGUGAUUGACUGGGUGAAGGAGAAGGUUAAAGGUCAGAUUGGAAACACAGACACUAAAACUGGUAAAAGAAACUUCCAGAAUACAUUCCACUACCUGUUUGAGUCUCAGAAUAAAGCACUGGCUCAGGCCACAGUGGGAUCUGUGGAAACACUUGCAUUUAUUGGAUUGCGACUGACCCCAAUUGACUGUGUGGUCCUGUCUCAUGUCCUUGGACUCUGUGAUACAAUAAAAUACCUCGAUCUAAACCAGUGCAACAUUCAGUGUGAAGGACUCCAGCGGCUGGAAAACAUUCUGUACAAAUGCCAGAAGUUGAGACUGAGUUAUAAUAAUCUGAGAGAUUCAGGAGUGAAACUACUGUCUGCGGCCCUGAGGAGUCCAGGCUGUAAAAUACAGGAACUGGAUCUGAGGAAUAACAAUCUCACAGAUUCUUGUGCUGAGGAUCUUGCCUCUGCUAUCAGUACAAUCCAGUCACUGACAGAUCUGGACCUGGGUGGUAAUCGACUGGGAGACUCAGGAGUGAAGCUACUGUCUGUGGCUCUGAGGAACUUGGGCUGUAAAAUACAGACACUGAGUCUAGAGAAUACCAAUCUGACAGAUUCCUGUGCUGAGGAUCUUGCCUCUGUUUUUAAUCGCUCACUGACCGAACUGAACCUGACUUAUAACAAACUGGGAGAUUCAGGAGUGAAACGACUGUCUGCAGCUCUGAGGGGAUCGGACUGUAAAAUACAGAAACUGAUUCUAUGGGACACCGAUCUGACAGAUUCCUGUGCUGAGGAUCUUGCCUCUGUUUUUAAUCGCUCACUGACAGAUCUGAACCUGGGUAAUAACAAACUGGGAGAUUCAGGAGUGAAACGACUGUCUGCAGCUCUGAGAAGAUCGGACUGUAAAAUACAGAUACUGAAUCUAUAUGGUAACAGUCUCACUGAUUCUUGUGUCGAGGAUCUCGCCUCCGCUCUCAGUACAAACCGGUCACUGACGGACCUGAACCUGGGAUUAAACUCCCUCACAGACCAAUCAGUCCCCACUCUCCGCCGCCUCGUCCCGACCUGCAGGACUCUGAAUCUGAUCGAGCUGCCUGUCAAUCAGUUCAGUUUCAAUGGAGGAAAUCAGCUGAAGUCGCUGCAGGGAACCAGAUCUGGACUGAGUGUGAAAUGUGGACCUUUGGAUUUAUAAACAUUCCUGUUCUCAUUAUAGGAACAUUUGUAACCCAGUUUCUGUCCCUCCCCUUUAACCGGCCGCGCUCCAGGUUUUAAUCCUAUUGGCCGUUUCCCAGUUUCCAGUUCGAGCUGAGUGAGCGUCAUCUCCCAUUGUGACGUCAGAGGCCCAGCAACAGGGACACGAGACUCAGCCGCCCUGCCCCACAGGCGCAGCUUCUGCAGGAUAUCCGGGGUUGAAUGUUCCCCAAUGGGGCCCUGGGGAAAUGUACAGACAGGGAGGGCCCAGGGUGGGGAUCAGUCUGGGCUGCAGUGGGGCUUUGACAAUUACACUCAGUACUCCUGGGUUUGGGGGUAAAGCCCCUUGGGCUCCCGCUCAUUAUCACUGCCCAGUUACCCUGAUGGGAAGUGAACCUGUGUGGGUUCAGGGUGGGUACAGGGUCUGUUCAGCUGGGAUAGAUCCCACUGUUCAAUAGAGACAAACAUGCACUGCAUGGGGUGUCCCAGAGAGCGUAUCCUAUUGGGGAGGUUCGAGCGGAUUCUGUAACCGAGGGAUUGGACUGAAAGUAUCAAUGAUUUUCGGUCGUCCCUAAUUAAGAAAUCAUCAGUUGUUGAAACAAUGUGUUGAAUUUAGACUCUGCCCGAUUGAUAUUGCUGUAAUUUACACACUGAAGGAUGAGUUUCUAAACAGCUGGAAUGACAAAGAGGACUGGAGUGUGUCAAAUAAAGAAGUUGACCUGGUAAAUUCA